AAGAAACUCUUCUUCAACAUCCUCUCAUUCCUGUAUGUCAUCCGCUUAAAGGCGUGAACGGGCCCGGUGUUCGCGCAAAGCCCUUUUGGCCAUGGCCCUAACCGGACGGCACAUCUCCCGAUCGAGCACCAAACGAGAUUGAACACGGUCAGGAGCAACUCCACCGCCUGCACUUCCGCUAUGGCAGCGUCAAGAGUCGGACCGCCGGGUGCCGGGGCGCACAUGACGACGACCACACUCAAAGUCGAGGGCAUGACCUGCGGCGCAUGCACCUCUGCUGUCGAAUCCGCUUUCAAUGAUGUGCAAGGAGUGGGAAGCGUGUCGGUAAGCCUGGUCAUGGAAAGGGCGGUGGUAAUGCACGAUGCGGCGCGCAUCGCGGCCGAGCAGAUCCGAGAAAUGAUUGAGGAUAGAGGCUUCGACGCCAACAUUAUAUCGUCUGACGCACCGAACGUCCCGCUUUUCGAUGCGGAUGACGAGCUAGAGGACACCACAGAGAGCAUGGACAACGGCAUCUCUACCACCAUCUUACACGUCGGUGGCAUGACAUGCGGUGCUUGUACAUCUGCGGUUGAGGGAGCAUUUAAGAACGUUUCUGGCGUGAAGACUUUCAACAUAUCUCUAUUGUCAGAGCGCGCGGUCAUUGAGCACGACCCGAGCAUCUUGGCCCCGGAGAAGCUGGCCGAGAUAAUCGAGGACACCGGCUUCGAUGCAGAAAUCAUCGAGACCAAACAGACAUCGUCAGAUGGAGCCUCACGGACUGCCAAAAUUGCACACAGCACACAGCAGCAGGGUCUGGUAACGACUACAGUCGCGAUCGAUGGCAUGACCUGCGGCGCUUGUACCUCUGCCGUAGAGGGUGGUUUCAAAGGACUACCUGGGGUCUUGCAAUUCAACAUAAGCCUAUUGGCCGAGCGAGCAGUCAUAUUACACAACCCCGCCAUACUGACAACGGGUCAAAUUGUGGAAACCAUCGAAGACCGAGGCUUUGACGCCAGGAUUGUGUCUAGCGUGGAAGAAGGCGUGCAAACAUCGACGUCAAGUUCUGUGAUACAGCUGAAGCUUUUUGGACUGCCUAGUCCAGAGUCUGCGGCCGAUCUGCAACAAAGUCUGUCCUCCAUGGCCGGAAUCACUUCGGCCAACAUCGACUUCGCCACCUCGCGCGCGACCAUCUCCCACAUCCCCGCACAGCUGGGCUUGCGAGCCAUCGUCGAGGCCAUCGAGAAAGCAGGUUGCAAUGCCCUUGUCGCUGACUCGGACGACAAUAACGCACAACUCGAAUCGUUGGCCAAGACCAAGGAGAUCCAGGAAUGGUACCGUGCGUUCAGGACCUCACUCGGCUUUGCCAUCCCGGUGUUCCUGAUCAGCAUGAUCUUCCCCAUGUUCAUUCCGGCACUCAACAUCAACAAAAUCGGCCUCCCAAUCCCCGGUCUCUUUCUUGGGGAUGUGAUCUGCUUACUGCUCACUAUUCCCGUCCAAUUUGGCAUUGGUAAGCGGUUCUAUGUUUCGUCUUGGAAGUCUAUCAAGCACGGUUCGCCAACCAUGGAUGUCUUGGUAACCCUUGGCACGUCAGCCGCCUUCUUCUUCAGCUGUGCGGCGAUGAUUGUCAGCGUUCUCACUCUCCCGCACUCCCGGCCCGCGACGACCUUCGAUACCAGUACCAUGUUGAUCACGUACAUCAGCCUGGGACGCUUUCUGGAGAAUCGCGCGAAAGGACAAACGUCCAAGGCUUUGUCGAGGCUGAUGAGCCUCGCCCCUUCCACUGCGACAAUUUACGCGGAUUCAAUCGCUGCUGCUAAAGCUGCGGAAGCUUGGGAUGCGUCUUCCUCGAUGUUCCCACGCGCCGAAAAGCAGCCUGUUGAGACUAUGGUCGAAGAGCGGACUGUGCCCACCGAACUGAUUGAGGUGGGAGAUAUCGUGGUACUCAAGCCUGGCGACAAGAUCCCCGCCGAUGGCAUUGUCUUGCGAGGGGAAAGCUUCGUGGACGAAAGUAUGGUCACUGGAGAAGCGAUGCCUAUACUGAAGAAGCAGGGCACGCCUCUCAUGGCCGGCACAGUGAACGGCGCUGGACGCUUGGAGCUCAAAGUCACUCGAGCUGGCCGCGAUACGCAACUCAGUCAAAUUGUGAGAUUGGUGCAAGAAGCGCAGACGAGCCGAGCGCCCAUCCAGCGCAUGGCUGACGUGGUUGCCGGAUACUUCGUCCCGAUCAUCAUUACGCUCGGACUCGCGACUUUCAUUGGCUGGAUGGUUCUGAGCCAUAUCCUGCCCAACCCACCACAAGUGUUCCUCAGCGAGGCCAGCGGCGGACGUAUCAUGGUAUGCGUCAAGCUCUGCAUCGCUGUCAUUGUGUUCGCCUGCCCUUGUGCACUCGGCCUUGCGACACCGACGGCUGUCAUGGUCGGAACGGGUGUAGGCGCGGAGCAAGGCAUUCUCAUCAAAGGCGGUGCCGCGCUGGAGAAGGCGACAAAGGUCAAGCAUGUAGUACUGGACAAGACUGGAACGCUCACCUUCGGCAAGAUGAGCGUCAGUGAUUCCGAACUGUUGGCCCCCUGGAAUACCACGUCCGAACAGAGGCUGCUUUGGUGGAAUAUCGUAGGCCUGGCAGAGACUGGAAGCGAGCACCCCAUUGCCACAGCCAUUGUGGCCAAUGCGAAGGGUCGACUUGGCAUCGACUCCGAAGCGCCGCUGCAAGGAUCCGCUGGAGACUUCAAAGCUAUAGUCGGGAAAGGUAUUGCAGCGUCGGUUGAGCCGGCGGGCACUGCCGGGCGGAAGCGUUUCGAAGCGCUCAUCGGCAAUGCGGCGUUCCUCCGGGGUCGAGGCGUUGACGUUCCAGAGACGUCAGAGCAACGGGGAAACGACCUCCGUGACGUGGAACGGCAGAAAACAGCGGACCAGGACGAUGAAUACAAACUCGAACAAAACGCAGGCACCACGAAAAUCUACGUGGCGAUAGAUGGCGAGUACGCCGGCUCCCUCGGCCUCUCGGACACGCUGAAACCUUCUGCUGCUGCAUGCAUCGCCGCCCUACACCGUAUGGGCAUCACCACGUCUCUCGUCACCGGAGAUCAGGCUGCCACCGCGCGAUACGUUGCGUCGUUGGUCAACAUCUCUCCGGAGAACGUGUUUGCCGGAGUCCUACCCAGCGGCAAACAAGCCAUCAUUGAAGAUCUCCAAAAAGGAGGGCAAACCGUCGCCAUGGUCGGCGACGGCAUCAACGACUCUCCCGCGCUCGCCACCGCCAACAUCGGCAUCUCCUUCGCCAACGGCACGGACGUAGCAAUGGAAGCGGCCGACUUUGUCCUCAUGAAGCCCAACCAGCUCAUGGACAUCCCAGCCUCGCUGCAUCUCUGUCGCACCAUCUUCCACCGCAUCAAGCUCAACCUUCUCCUCUCCUGCAUCUACAAUGUCAUCGGGCUUCCGAUUGCCAUGGGCUUUCUGCUGCCUUGGGGCAUCUCAUUGCCGCCGCUGGCGGCUGGAGCGGCGAUGGCGUGUUCGAGCGUCACGGUCGUGGUGUCGUCGUUGCUGCUGAAGCUGUGGCAUCGGCCGCGCUGGAUGCUGGAGGAGGAUGUUGCGGCUUGGCAGACGUCGUCUCCAACAACGAUUGGAUCAGGCAUCUGGAAUUCGAUUCUGGCGGCGAGCCGGGCAGUCCUUGGUCGCGGAAGGAGGCGAGCAGAGGGGCAGAGGGGCGCGUAUGUUGCAUUGGAGAAUUAUGAGGCUGUUUAGCCCUUCUCCGUAGGGUUUCUGUUACUUAGCGGCAUUUGACAAGA